CAUCGCUUGGACCCCUCACAAAACUCAACUGCUGUACACCUCGCCAUUCCCCCCAUGUCUUUCAAGAUAGGGUCGAUACCACACCCUAGUAGAAAUGGCUCGAUUAAUAGUACACAGUCAAGUACAAAGAGUCAAUCCCCCGAAAAUGUGCAAGUCGCUGUACGUUGUCGGCCCAUGUCGGCAUCAGAAGCCAGGGGUCAGCGUGAAGUAUGCUGGGAUAUUGAUACAACACUUAAUAGUAUUGUUAUUGCGGAAGGUUUUGAGCGUCAGAACAGAGCAAGACAUAAAUAUCGUUAUGAUAGAGUCCUGUAUGGUAGUGAUAACUUCCGCAUAUAUGACGACAAUGUAGCUAAACUCGUAAAUUCGACUAUGGAAGGCUAUAAUGGUACUGUCUUUGCAUAUGGACAAACUGCGAGUGGAAAAACAUAUCCGAUUACAGGAACACACAACGAACCUGGAGUGAUACCUCGUGCCGUUAAUGAUGUAUUUGAGUACAUCAAAGCUAACUCUACGAGAGAAUUUUUGUUGCGAGUUUCGUACCUUGAAAUAUAUAAUGAAGCCAUCCAUGAUUUGCUUUCUCCGGGAACGCAAGACUUGAAAAUCCAUGAAGAUAAACAAAGAGGCGUUUAUGUCAGUCCCUUAAAAGAGGAGGUCCUUACCAAUGCAAAACAGGCACUUAAGGUUAUACAGAAAGGAGAAGAAAAUCGACAUGUCAGCACUACAAAUUAUAAUCUACACAGUAGCCGCUCACACACAAUAUUUCGAAUGAUUAUUGAGAGUAAGGAAAGGGAACCUAAUGCAUCGACACAAACUCAUCGAGAUCGUAGCACUGCUUCCAAUGCCAAAUCAACGAUCCGCAUAUCACAAUUGAAUCUCAUUGAUCUUGCUGGUUCAGAAAAAGCAACCACCAACCUUGACAGACAAAAGGAAGGUGCUUUUAUCAACAAAAGUUUGCUUACACUGGGCACUGUCAUAUCAAAGCUGACUGAUUCAAAGGGAGCUAGCCAUAUUCCAUUCCGUGACUCUAAACUUACACGAAUACUGCAACCUUCGUUAUCGGGAAAUGCCAGAGUGGCAGUCAUAUGUACUAUAAGCCCUGUAAUGACGAGUAUGGAAGAAAGCAUGAAUACACUUAAAUUUGCAGAAAGAGUAAAGCUAGUAGUCACAUCCGCCAAGACAAACGAGAUACUCGAUGACAAGGCACUAUUGCAACAAUAUCGAACUGAAAUAUCGAGCUUGAAGGCGAAGUUGGAGGCCGGCAACGAUCUUUUAGCCCAGCAACAAAUGGCACAGGAGGAUAUCAUGCAGGCGGAAAAACGCAAGCGGUGCUUUUACUACAGCACGAAGGACAAAUGCGCGACAUGGAGCUUGUUCGUACAGCCUUGAAAGAACGUAUCAAUCACCUCACCAAACUGAUCUUAACAUCGUCUUCAUCAACAUCGUUUACUAAAAUGAUUUUGACGCCAUCGGGCCUGGGAGAUUACAGCAAACGAAAAAUUGAUAGCGACGAUUCGUUACCCGAUAGCCUUCGUGUACAUUCGAGUGAUGCUCCACAACGGGAUGCCGCGGA